AUGGGCACAUUUCAGAGCCGCGUCACCGAUAGAUUUGACGAAGUUGAACUCUCGCCGGCACGACCGCCAUCGGCAGCCGAGUAUGUUGACCGACGAUUCGAGGAAGUUCGAAAUGCAAUUGUUAGUGUUCGAGGGGAGAUUGAGAAAUUGAGACGGGAUCAACAACAUAUUUUAUCGUUGACGAUUGCAGAUCCAAGAGAUAAGAACAUUCUCGAAAACCAAAUCGGAACUAUUCGGCGACGCACAGGAGAUCUUCGAAAAUUGGUCCGACAAGCGGAGGAUGACUUUCUGGAAUUCACUAAACAAACCCAAUCUAUCACCGAGAAAAGAAUCCGUCAGAAUCAACUGGAACUUUUGAAGGACAACCUUAACAAACUGAUAAAUCUAUUCAACGACACCCAUCAAGACUACAAAUCGAGAGUUUCGCUUCGUGUUCGACGACAACUUCAGACCGUUGGACAAAAUUUGACAGACGAAGACAUUAAUCGAAUUAUUGAGAAUAGUGGAUCCGAGCAACUAUUCUUCCGUGAAGUGAAUCCACUGUCUGUAUCAGGCCAAGCGGCAUACGAAGAUGUGAAAAAACGACAUGGGGAAAUCAAGGACCUCGAGAAUAAUAUUGCAAUGCUUGAGGAGAUUUUCUUGGACUUGCAGCACUUGACAGAAGCGCAGGACGAAAUGGUGACCAAUAUUGACAACAAUGUAGAAAAUGGUCUGGAACAAGUGAAACAAGGAUCUGCAAAUGUUAAAACUGCAGUGGAGUACAAGAAGAGUGCGAUGAGGAAAAAGAUCUGCGUUGCUGCGAUUCUCAUCACUAUCGUCCUUAUCCUUAUCAUUGUUGCUAUCAUCCUGGCUGUUGUACUAUCCAGAGGCAACAACAACAACAAAUAA